CCUGCCUGUCUGCCAAGUGAUAUUCAAUGCCACUGGAUCCCGAGACAGCGCGGGAUGGUGCCGCCGCAGCCGCCUUUAGCGGCGAGAAGCGACCUGUGACCCUCCGUCGCAGCACCACAGGCGCAGUGUCCUUUGGCGACGUCGGUGAUGUGUGCACGGAGACCACGGAUGUGGACAUAACGUCGCUGCAGUACCAUGUGACCAAGCAGGCGUCGGUGCUGUUUGCAGGCGGCGUGGCUGGGAGCAUUGGCAAGACGUUCACGGCGCCGUUGAGUCGCCUGACCAUUUUGUAUCAAGUGCACAGCAUGGUCACACCCACACACAAGGACAAGUUUUCCGGCUCGCUCUCCCAAGCGUUCAUGAAGGUGGUGCGGCGGGAAGGUGUGUUUGCGCUGUGGAAAGGCAACGGCGCGAGUGUCGUCCAUCGUUUUCCAUACUCGGCCGUCAACUUUUUCACGUACGAAUGGAUGAAGGACGCCUUCGACACCCGACAAAGUGGCAUCACGUCACCCAUGCUGACGCGCUUCGUGUCGGGCGCGGUGGCGGCGGCUACGUCCACGACCGUGUGCUACCCCAUCGACCUCAUUCGCACCCGACUGAUCACACAGCUCGACAACAACAUCCGGUAUCGCGGGAUCUCGCAUGCAUUCCACCGCAUCCGCGCCGAAGAAGGCACGCGGGGUCUGUACCGCGGACUCUCGGCCACACUCCUCGUGACCGUGCCCAACAUGGCCAUCAACUUCACCGUGUUCGAGUCGUUGAAGGACGCCGUCCAAGCGCUUCGGGAAGAUGCGACGACGCCGCUUUCGGCGCUCGACACGCUGUCCUGCGGCGCCUUGUCGGGCAUUUCAUCCUCGAUCGUCACGUUCCCCGUGGAUGUCGUCCGGCGGCGCAUGCAAAUCUCGGGGCUCCACCAUGGCAGCGGGAAGGAGACGGCCGCCGAGGCGGCGCAGGCCACCGCCACCGCGUGGGGCAUCGCAAAGGAGCUGUACCAGCAGCAAGGCGUCCGGGGGUUCUACAGAGGACUCACGCCCGAGCUGCUCAAGGUCAUCCCCAUGGUCGGCAUCACGUUUGGCACGUUUGACAUGCUCAAGCAGUCGUUGCACAUCGACGCGUAAACAAAAAUAUCAACAAAAUAAUAUCAAAUCCCAAUAGUGGUGUUAAUAGUAUUAUUAUUAAUACUACCACUACAUACCAGUA